AUGUCGACUUCGGCCACGUGGCAUGUUAGCGAUUCCUGGAGCCACGCCGGACGCCACCGCCUCAAAGAGGUAGAGGAGCGACAGGGCAUCGAUGCCUUUGUCCUGGGAAACCGAAGGUCCUUAGCACCAAGCGGUUCGGAGCAGGGAGGUCAGGAAACCAAAUCUGAGCAGCAGUCUGGCGAACUUGAGAAUGGCACGAGUUUUCAGACUCCAGGGGGUGAACGACGUGAACCUGAUGAGAAGCCUCUGAUGGGGAAGCUGGAUGAGAUGGAGCCUGAAGAGCUCUAUGAACCUCUGGCGAAUGAUGCAGCUCGUGUCUCUGGGAAGCGACAUGAGGGGGCUUGGAAAAGGAGAACUAUGGGUGAUGGUAGAAAUUCGAAAGGGGAUGAACAUGACUCUAGUGAAAAGGAAUGUCAUGGGAAAGGUUUGGAAGAGGCUCUUGGGAGUCAGAUGCUUCAACAUUUCCAGAGUGAAACAACGAGACUUCAAAUGCAGAAUGACAUGUUGGUGAAAGAGUUGCAGCGCAUGAGAGAAGAGAGAAGUCAGCAACCUACUCUAGCUGUCCCACCUUCAUGGCAUGGAAAUGUUAGGGGCCCUACUCCACCGCCAAGAGUUUCUCCAGCCACCAAUGGAACUCAAACAUGGUUGUCCCCUGAAACUUUUCGUUGCACUCCAAAUGGCACGAGAGUGCCCAGCGGACCUCCACCUCCAGAUCCCCCGCCCUUCCCGAAGUGGCCACCGGAGUUUGCUCACUAUGACAAGGUGGAGGAACCUCCGAGGAAAUUCCGAGGAGUUAUGGGGGAUGGUGGAUUUCGACUUAGCCAGGGUGUCUGUUCACCACAGGAUGCUAGGCACUUUUGGUUGGAACAAGAAGUGGCAUCUCUUAGAGAGAAGUUGGAGAGUGAGGCGAUGAGGUCAAGGUCUUUGCAUGGUAGCUACUGGUCCAGACCUUUCCAAACGGAAGCUCAGAAAGUUAGACAUGAUCAAGAGUCAGUUGCAUACAUGCGUAGUCAUGCUGAACCUGGUUUGAUGGAUCCAAAGCGUGAGCAGCGGAGUCAUGGUGAUGUUUUUCAACGUGAUCGGGCUGAUGUAGCAUGUGUGCAUGGUGCUCUGAGUCUUUCUAGCUGUGCUGGCCCAGGGCAGGCCCAUGGUGAUGAAUGUGGUCAUGCACUGUCUGGCCCAGAGCAGGCCCAUGGAGAUCUAUAUCGUCACACGCAGUCUGGCCCAGUGCAGGCCCUUGGUGAUCGAUUUCUUCAAGCUUGUGCUGGCCCGGAGCAGGCCCUUGGAGAACGUUGUCUUCCGGAUCGGGCUCACGAUGCGGCGAUGCGGGAGCUUGGAGAAGUAUAUCAACAAGAUCGGGCAGGCGAUCAAUGUCCGAUCGGGGGAGCUCUACAUCAAAGUCGAGCGCAACGGCAUGAACGUGAAGUAGUUGAAGAUGGUGAUCUGAAGAGCAUCCCUAUCCAACUACCACUACUGCCGUCACCUGAUGGAAGGGAUGCCAGCUUGGAAGCAGGAGAUUGGCUGAUCCAAUUGGAACCACUCAUUGGGGAUCUCUCCAAAAACGCAGCUGGUUGGUGGAGAAAAAUCAUGGAUGCUACAACAUCUACAUACUCUUGCUGGCUGCAUGCAGAUCCACUUGCACGACUGAAGAUCGUUGCACCAGAGAAUGGCACUUUGUCAUCAGGCUUUGAGCGUUUGGAUCAGCGAGUCACCAGUCUUCUUUUGCAGAGCGUGCCGAAAGCCAUCAAAGAUGAAAUCAUUGCCACCAGGGAACUGUCUACUACAGCCAUUUUGUUUCGAGUGAUGCGCACCUUCCAGCCUGGGGGUCUACUUGAAAAAUCCCGGCUACUUGAAGAUCUGACCACCAUCACGACGGUCAAGACAAGUCAGGAUGUGGUGGCUGCUCUACGUUUGUGGAAGCGGAAGGCAUCACGGGCAUCGGAGCUAUGUGCACAGCUUCCAGACCCUUUGCUGCUGAUUCGUACGUUGGAUGGCAUCGCCAAGCCGGUGGUUGACAGUUCUCCCCAAGCAAGUUUUCGCAUUGCCACCUUCCGCAUGAACUACAGCUUGGACAUUCGGCCUUCACUGGCCAAUGUAUGGCUCUUCUAUGAUUUGCUGUUGGCAGAAGCUGAGGUUGCCGUGCAUUCCUCCACUACGACAUCUAUGACCGAAGCCAAGACAUCAACAAAAGCAGCUGUGAAAGCGAUGCAGAGCCCUACUACAUCAAAAACAACGACUCAAGCGAGCAUGUGGCCCUGCAAGUUUUGGCUCUCUGAGGGGGGAUGUCGUCAAGGACAGCGAUGCAGAUGGCCGCAUCCUUGGGAAGGUGUGGCUGAUCGCACCUCAAGAUGCACCAACUGCAGCUCUCUUCAACAUCUUCAAGCUGAUUGUCCGUUCAAAACACAGGUGAAGUCACCUGUGGGGGGAGAAGGUGACAGCAAAGAGGAUGUUGGAGGUGGAGUCAAAAGCGACAAAGGAGGUGGAAAAGGGAAAGGAAAAAACAAAGGCAAAUCCAAGAACGACUCCAAUCAGAAAGGGGCAACAAAAGAUAGCUCCCAAGGCAAGAAAGAGGAUAGCAUCAAUCGAACGACCACUGCAGGAGCAGAGGAUGAGGUGAAGGGCAAAGCUGAAUCAACAGCGACAUCAACUGGAGGUGGAGUUGGCGGUGACAAGAAAGCAGAAGGAGGCGGCAACGGCACGACGGAGUUGUUGCAGGAGGCCACAAAGCUCCUGAAGUCACUGCACCUGCCCAAUGUCAAAAUGAUCAAGCUCCAGGAGAUUGGAGACCCAAUGAAGAGCCCUUCGGAUUUGAUGCUUUUGGAUAGUGGCGCAACACACGCGCUGAGGAGGGCAAGUUCUUGGAGCGAAUGGAACGAUGCAACUACGACAGUAGUAGCUCUUGCCAAAGGCACAACUUCAAGUCUGAGAUUGAAGAGCGGCACUGAGACUUUGCUCUCUACUCCCGAUGAUGACAGUUUUGGAAACGGCAUUUUGCCGAUGGGUGCACUCACCAAGCUGGGCUAUGAGAUCACUUGGAGCGGGGGAGAUUGCAAAAUGAUGGGCACUAAGGGUGACAAGGUGGAAGUGACCGUCAUCAAUGGAUGCCCUAUGGUGCCACGACAAUUGGGAAUGGAGUUGAUGGAGCACAUGGAAAACAACAGCCGUGUGACAAAGGCUAGAAGUGCUCUGGUGAGAACCAUUGUCCAGCAUCCUGAAUUGAUGGAAGGCCUGUCGGACUUGGACGCUGCUACUUUGUUGCAAGUCAUGUUGAAGAAGGAGUUCCCUGACCUUCCUGAUACCAUUUGUCAAAAGGUGGCUCCAUCAGCAGUAAAGAUCGACACUGAGCAGUUGCCCUGGAAUAGAGGACUUCGGAGAAGGAUGAUGCGUGCACGUAGAGUCAUUUUGCAUCUCUACAGUGGCCCUGAUCAAAAAACAUGGCAAGUGCUUCAGGACUCUGACACAGAGUUGUGA